AUGCAUUCAGGUAGCCUAAAUCCUUUGAAAUUUAUGAAUGAAAAAUUUUGAAAGAAUUAUAAAAUUAUUUAGGGAAGUCUGGUUUUUUUCCAUGAACACGAUAAAAAAAAAUAAGUUGAAAGUCUUUUUGAAAUGAAUUUCUACGCGGGCAAAGUCGGAAUGGUGGAUAAUGGCCGCUAAAAGGGAGAAGCUCGUAAAGGUCGCAAAAACGCAGCAAAAGAGCCUUCUAUUUUUCUGGGGUUUUAAAGGCUUAAAAAAGGGUGGAAGAAGGCAGCAAAAAGGAUGCAUAAGGGCCGAUAAAAUGACGCAAAAAGGCAGCAAAAAAGGAACCUUUGUCACCCUAAAAGGAAAAUUUCUAUGGAGCCUUUUUCACCCUUCCGACUUUGCUCACUUUCACCUGGACUGAAGAAAAUUUUUAGCCGAGAGCGGGCUGGAAACGGUAGGAACUGCCUGCGAGAUACCAUUCCUCGCUGGCGAACGGGUCAUCUGCACGGACAACGACAUCAGCUACUUCGGGAGCUCGGUCCGCGUUCCAGGACGCCUCGUGGUCACUCUCUUCCGUCUCCGUUUCAUUUCCAACGACGCUCAGACGGUUUUACAGAAUACUUAGAGACUCUAACCAUGUCUCGUAGGUUUUCGAUGUUCCUUUGGGCGCCAUCGCUAAAGUCGAGAAAUUUGGGUAUGCCACUGCCACGAGGAAAGACUCCAACUACGGUCUGAACAUUAUUUGCAAAGCGAGUUCCUCUCACUUUCGGUACAAACAAUCAGAACUUUUUUUUGAAGGAUCACAGAGCUUUCAAGUUCGCCGCUCAGCAGACGAAUCACCGGAGAAGACCUCUCGUUGAGGCUCUUUUUCGGUAUUCUUUUCCGCUCAGUAGCGAUCUGGUGCGUGUACCUGCGGUCCUUGAAGUUGAAGUUCUAAUUUCAGAAAUUAUUCGCUUUUCUUCAUGCCGAGGAACUGAGAAAAGAAAGAACGCAAAAGUCGGUCGACGGAUGGAAGGUGCGGUUUUAUUGAUAAAGUUGCAUUGACUUUGUGGAAAUUCAGAAAUUGGUUGGAUCUUCAUAUUGAGUGUUUCAAAAAUAACAGUUUUAGCGCGCUCCGUGCGAGAAGGUCACGUUUUAAAAGAAUAGAAAAGAAAAAGUUGCCUUUUACUCAAAAGAACUUCUAAAAAACAGUAAAAAAGAAAGGUCUCGAAGCGUGAAGAUGCUCAUUUUUGAUCUAAUUUGGUAUACGGUCUUUUUGGCCGAUAAAAAAACGUGACAAGCUGGCGCGGAAUGGGUUAUAAUUCAUCACUCAGAUUUUUGAGUUCGAGUUGAGUUUACUGGUUAGUUUUCUUUUGUAAAACGCGAUAUAAACGCUUACCCAAAAAUCAGAUGAAAAGCAGUCGGAUGUGGCUUUUGAGUUUUCUCAUGCACUUUUCCCUGUUUUGCACUUUUCCCUGUUUUCAACGGGAUUUAUCAGCAAUUUUUCUGAAAAUAUGGCGUUUGUAAUGUUCUUCAGUUGAUAAACACAGAUUUACGACGCGAAGCGGGAGUUUGAGAGGAUGGGCGUGAGCGAAUCGAAAGGCUGGACGGCGGUCGACAUUAAUAAAGACUACAAGUUUGCGGACACGUACCCUCGCUACGUAAGUUCACUUCUAUGUAGGAAAAUUUGGACUCUAGUUUUUGUUUUUGUUUUUUGAUUCCUAAUUUAGGACUCAUAAACUGCGCCCAUUCAUUUUUUGAUAUUUUCAUUACUUCAGAACGAACUUUCAAUGGAAGUUACCACAUCUUGCCGAUUAUAGUGAUUUUCUCGUUUUGUAACUUUUUAUGCAUUUUUCCUUACUGAUUCACUCGUUUAUAAGGCGAAAAUUGCGCUAAAAUCAGGAUAGUUUCUGUGAGUUUACACGUAUUAAGUUAAGUGAGCGGUACUUUUUUGAAUUAUUGGAGAAAGAGUCUUUAUGUGUGCAAUUUUCAGCGGAGUUCAAUGUUGAAUCAACAGAUAUUUCGAGGAUUUACGGAAAUAAUGGAGAAAAGAUUGAUAGAUUCAUAUAAAAAGGAAUCAUUCGCAUACUUACACUAAGAAUAACUGCCGAGAUAAACGCGAGACACUGGCGGUACAUUGACGAGCUCGCAAACAUCUCGCUUUUUUUCUCGCGCCGGUCUCGCAUUUUUCUGGGCGCGAGCUCGCAUUUUUCUAGGCGCGAGCUCGCAUUUCUCUCGCAAUUUGAAAAUUUCCGAAGUGCGAGAUAAAUGCGAGAUGGCGCCAAGAAAUAUGCGAGGUCGCGCCGAGAGAAAUGCGAGAUCGCGCCUUGAAAAAAGCGAGAUGUUUGCGAGCUCGUCAAUAUACCGCCACCGACCUCGCGUUUAUCUCUUCAGUUAUUCUUAGUGUAUAAUGCAUUUACUGUCUCAUCUUCCUCGGUAAUUAGUAACUUAUUUUCUUUAAAGUUGGUAGUCCCGAACACGAGCGCAGACAGCGGCUUCUUGGAACGAGUUGGCGAGUUCCGCAGUCGGCAGCGGAUUCCGGUUAUUUUUAUACCGAAAAAAGAGCUGACUAGAGUUUUGACAGGUUUUGAGUUGGUUGCAAAAAAGUUCUUUGGCGUCGAUUACUCGGAGCUCGCAGCCCAUGAGUGGCCUCACAAAACGACGGAGCGCCCAAGACGAAGAGUAUUUUUUUCGUUUGCGAAACCUCUCAAUUGAAAAUAUUGAGGCAUUUGACCAAUAUCCUCUACGCCAACGCCCAUUCUCACAAACUGAACAUUUACGAUGCUCGCCCUAUUGUCAACGCACAGGUUAUUUUAAUGAUUUUUAAGCAAAAAAGCAUCUGUAAGGCUUAUCUACUUCCGAGACUCACAAUUCAAUUUAAAUAGCAAUAAGGUCAUAUUAAUAAGCGUUUAUGUCUCAAAAGCAUAAUUGAAGCUGCGAAAAGGAAUCUCUUCAUGUCUUUUUUUAUUUGACGCGUUUUUUAAUUGACGCGACUAGUGUAAGAAUCGCCUAUCACCCAAAAAAGUAUUUAUCGGCUCUAAAACCAUUUUUCUCCGACGCUACUUGAAUCAAACUUCUAGACUAUACUUUUAUUUCUAAUAGUAAUCCGUUGCUCGGUUUCGAAUAGAGUUAGUGAGGCUUUUCUGAAAGGUAGCUUUUAGAAACGCGCCAGGUAUAAUUAAAACUGCUCCCGUGGUUUAGCUUUCAGUUCUGAAUAAAAAUUGAUUUUUGAAUUAGACUCCUUACCUCUAAUUUUAAAUGCGGAACACAUUAAUGUUUUUGGUAUCCGUUGAUCAGUGUUCUUUUCUUUCUUUUUCAUACCUUUUUCUUUGUUCCUAUUCAUUUUUUACCUCUUCUCUGUGAAUCAUUGCGCCAAGAUUGAAUAACUGAAAUUCAAACUACUUUUGUGAAUUAAUGUAAGAGAGUCGACGAUUCUGACGAUAGGGGCUCCUUUAACGAGAGAGUUUAUUUUACCUUGCGCUUGGGAAUUUUUUGGAAAUUGGCCGAAUUACUCUUUGAUGUGCCAGAAAAAUAAUCUGAAAGUCUUAACCUGUCCAACUUUUUCGUUUUUAAGAAAAGACGUCUCAAAGCCCCGAAUCGGCCUAUUUUAACCGAUUUCGAGGUUUUUCUUCGACUUUGAGAUGUUCUUUCUCAAAAACUUGGAAUUUGUGCAAGUUGAGACUUUCAAGAUCUUUUUUUGGUACCUCAAGGAGUAUCCUGGCCAGAUUUGAAGAAAACCCCAACCGCAAAGUUAAAUGACUUUUCUCGUAAGCAUUCAAUUUUUAAGACCCGAAACAGCUGAGCGUUAAUUUAUUAAAUAUUCACCCUCAUCCAGUUUGGCUUUGCUCAGAUUUAAUAUUAGGUGAAUCGAGCAAAAGGAGGCGGAUACGAGGAGAACUACGAGGGCUGUCAGCUGCAGUUCAUGAACAUUCACAACAUCCACGUUGUCCGCGAGUCGUUAGUUUCUCUUGUCGGCAUUUCUCAUUGAAGGUUUGAGCUUGAAAAAGCUGCUAUCAGCCUUGAUUCCUCGCGUCGACGAGAAGAAUUUCUACAAGCUUCUCGAUGAAUCAAAGUGGCUUCAACACGUCCAUGUGAGUUGUUGCGGUAGUUGCUCAACUGACAAAUCCGUUCAAGAGCAUUUUGUCGGCGUCGAUGGAGAUCGUAGGACAGGUCGACCGUAAAAUGUCGGUCCUCGUUCAUUGCACCGACGGCUGGGACCGCACUGCACAGGUUUUGCACAGGCUUACAGAAUUUCUCAUCAGGGAUAAUUUGCAAAAGAUUAAAUAUGGUUUUUUCAACAAGAUUAUGUCUGUGGCAGUUGGAUUCACAAGAUGUCCUAUCUCGCCUACAUUUCCUAUCCGCAGUUGACUUACAGCUGACCUCUCUAUCGAUGCUACAACUCGACGGCUACUACCGAACUCUCGAAGGCUUCAUUGUGUUGAUCGAGAAGGAGUGGUGCAGCUUCGGACACAAGUUCGGCCAGCGGAUCGGCCACGGCGACGACAAACACAGUGACGGAGAAAGAGCGCCCAUUUUCGUGCAGUUCAUCGACUGCGUCUGGCAGAUUCUCCACCAGGUCUUCUGCUUUCCCCCCGCUUCUCAACCCCCAGUUACAGUACGAGUACUACUUCGAGUUCACUUCGGCGCUGCUUAUUUGCAUCCUCGAUGAGCUCUUUUCAUGUCGCUUUGGCACAUUUUUGUACAAUUCGGAAAAGCAAAGACAUUUGGAGCACGUAAGCUUAACUGAUUUUCUACUUGAGAAAUUUUAUGUUAGAAUUGCCCACAAACGACCGUUUCCUUGUGGACUUUCGUGCUGGAGUCGCGGAAUCUGUUUCUGAAUCCCUGCUACCGCAAAGGUACGUUUUACGGGGAAAUUGAACGAUCACAACUCAGAUUCAGGCUCGAUAGAAUCGGUACUUUUCGUGAACCCUUCAAUCCGAUGCCUACGUGUUUGGACUGAGUACUACGCCCGUUCCAAUCCAGACGUUAUAACGCCGCAAUCAGACGUUUGUCUUAAUUUGUCUUGUAUUGCCCUAUUUUUUCGAUUCUUGUCAAUAUUAAAACAAGAUACAGUACUGCUAGCCAUAAAUAAAUGUCUGUUUUAUCAUAGUUCCGCUCUAAAAGAUCGGAAUAUAUUGAAACUUUGAAAUGGUAGGCAUUAAAAUUGGCGAAACCGCUGUUCAUUUCCUAAUGAGGGUGAUGAUCUCAUCGUUUUCUCUGAUUUCUGUGUACGACGAGAUUAGUUUUAAACACCGGAAAAUAGACUGAUUGCUAAAGGAAACAUGAAAAAUUCCAAAGUUUGAAUAUUCAGUUCUUAAUAAUAAUCAUUCCAAAGUUUUAGUCUGCAGUCCUCGUCAAAAAAGGCUCUCAUUUUGAAGAAUAUGCUUCUGAUUAAUCCGAGAGUUUCUAUGCACCGCUUUCAGGUGGCCAAAAGGACAGGGCUCGAGCGAGCCGUCGGGAAGGCGUCGUUGAUGGAAGCUCUGACCAACCUUCAGAGCCAGACAGAGGAUGUCAGUUGUUGA